AUGGACUUGACGAAAUUCCCCCGCCGCAAGUAUACCCCUCACGAAACUCCCAUUGAAUAUAUGCCUCGCUUGAGCAAAGCCGUUUCCAAUGACAAUGACAGGGUCAACUUGUGGAUCAAACGAGACGACAUGUUGGGAUUAACCGGUGGUGGCAACAAGACGCGCAAAUUGGAAUUUGUCAUGGCCGAUGCCUUGGCUCAAGGCGCCGAUACCAUUGUCACUUGUGGAGCCGUACAAUCCAAUCACUGUCGUUUGACACUAAGUGCCUGUGUCAAGGAAGGACUCAAGUGUUGUUUGGUCAUUGAAGAACGGGUUCCCGAUUCUUACAAGGAAGAUGCGUCGGGCAAUAAUUACUUGUUCCAUUUGUUGGGUGUCGAACGCAUCAUCCAGGUAGGACUCGGUGAAGCUCCUGCCAAAAUGGAAGAAUGGGCCAAAGAACUACGAGAACAGGAAGGACGCAAUGUCUACGUUUGCCCAGGAGGUGCCAGCAAUGAAAUUGGGGCCACGGGAUAUUGUGCCUGUGCACAAGAAAUUCAGUACCAACUGUUCAAAGAACAGCUACCUCGAUUCGAUGCGAUUGUCACGGCAUCGGGCAGUGGUGGGACCCAUUCUGGAUUGGUCGCCGGCAUGACGGCCCUUCGUUGUGAUAUCCCCAUUAUUGGAAUAUCCACGCGUCACCCCAAGGACAAACAGACCGAUCACAUUCACAAAUUGGCCGUCAAGACGUACCAGCAUGUGCUCGGCGACACUGCUGCAGAAUUGCCCGUCGAUGCCGUGACAGUCUACGAUGACUACGUGGGACCCGGGUACAGUCUGCCCACUCCCGAAAUGGCCGAAGCCGUCACUCUGUUUGCCCGUACCGAAGGCAUUUUGCUCGAUCCCGUUUACAGUGGCAAGGCGGCGGCGGGAUUUUUGGACUUGGUCCGUCAAGGAACGUUCCCCGCAGGAUCCAACAUUCUCUUUAUCCACACGGGAGGAGCGCCCACUCUCUACCAUUACCAGCCACUCGCACCCGAAGUUUCGGUGCCACAAAACGAGGGCAAACCAAUGACGAGGAAAAAUUCGGAUGCGACCGAUGUCGUGACGGAUGAAGAUGACAGCACCGAUGACGACAACUAA